AUGUUUGGACGAGGAACUGAUUUUAUAUGCGAUAAUCCUAAGCUCUUAGGCAAUGGAGGUAUUCAUGUGGUUCAAACAUUUUUUUCGAAAGAAUUAUCCGAAGAAUAUCAAAUAAUGGGAAGAGGAGCACGACACGGUGACCGAGGUUCAUAUAAAAUGAUUUUGCUAGACAGCGAUUUAGAAUGGGUGCUAGGCUCUACUUGGAAAGAGAAGGUUUCAAAAAUUGUUGGUGCUGAACUUUAUAAAACCAUUAAUAGCGCUCGCAAUAUACUCUAUGAAAGUAAAUGUGAGGCAAAAAAUCUUGGUAUUGAACAACGUAAGCGUGACCACGAAGAUUCUAAAAAAUUUGCGGACGCGUUAUCGACAGGAGAUAUGAAAUCUAUAAAAGCAUUUCUGACCGAGCAAAAUAGAGGAGCAAAUAUAGCUAUAGAUCAUUCACGUACAGUUUUACUGAUGGAUGCGACAGGUUCUAUGUCUAAUUUGCUAUCCGCUGCCAAAGAAACUGUUUGUACAAUGUUUAACCGCGCUUCAACUAUCUUAAAGGAGAGAGGAUUGCCUAGCGAUGCAUUUCAAAUGCAGUUUACAGUCUAUCGAGAUUAUGAUUGUAAAGAAGAUGGCAUUCUGCAAAGCUCUUCUUGGGAAACGAGGCCACAAAAUUUGAGAACUUUCAUGGCAGGAAUUUCAGCCAGUGGUGGUGAUGAUUUUGAAGAAGCAAUUGAAAUCGGGUUGUGGCAUGCAGUUCAAGAAAGUGAAACGCUAGAAUCGAUUUCUCAAGUUAUUUUAAUAGCUGAUGCGCCAGCAAAAGAUAGAGCAGCAAUUAAAAGAGAUCGAAAAGCGAAUGGGGAUGAGUCAUAUUGGAAUCGAACUAAAUUUAAAGAGCCAACACAUUUUACGAUCGAGCUAGAAAAGUUGAAAAAUAAGAAGAUUCCUGUUCACGCAUUUUAUCUUGUCGAUGAUGCACGGGAUAAUUUCCAAAGAAUUGCGGGUGAGACUGGAGGACGUUGUGAGCAGCUAAAUAUCUGUUCCCCAGGCGGUGCUGAAUUACUAACGAACAUUGUAACAGAAGAAGUUCUUAGAAAAGCAGCUGGAAAUCAAGGAGAUGCCGCAGUCGAACUGUACAGAACAAAGUAUGUGAGAAGAGCUUUUACAACUUAA